AUGAAAGGAACGCUCGUCAAGCAGGUGAAGGACAGCGUCGCACUGCUUCGAGCUGCCACGUCUGUAAUGACGAGGAGGAUUCGCGAAGGCGAGAAAACGAAACUCAAAGAGUUCCGAGAGGAGCUCUACAAACUCCGAGAGGAGAACAGGGAGCUGAGGAGGGAAAUAAAGCGCAUGAAGAACGCUCCUCCUCCUCCCCCUCCAGCCUCUCGCCAUUCCUCGACGAGAGAGUCGAGUGAGAGGAAGAGGAGACGGAUCAUCGACUCGGAAGAGGAGAUGGACACUGGAUCUCCUCCCCGUCUCCAAACGAGAGAUCCGGAGAUUGAACCCACCUCCCUCCCAUCUAGGAAGGAAAAGACAGAGGGGAUCAUUGAUCUGGGGGAAAAAGAGUUUCCCCCGCUGAGGAAGAAAGGCCCCGUCAGACAGACGGGGCCACCGCUCAAGGGGGUGCCUCGCCCAUUGGAGGCGUUCCCUCCCGGUAUGCCCGAGGAGGCAAGGGCAGAAUUUAACAAAUUAAUGGACCAGAAGAAUGCAGUCUUGGCACUUCUGGACCCCAUUAUGACACAGAUGGAGACGCUGAGGCUCUCCAGGACUAAGCCUGUGUCAGAUAAAACUACUCCAGUCACGUCCCUCCCUCCCCCCGUCAUCGGGAAAGAGGCUAAAGCCUCCAACCCUCAAGGGGUGAAAGGGCGGGACCAGAACAGGGCUGUCUCCGUAAUCCCCUCCGAAAAGACGGAGGGAACAAGCGGAGGCAGCAAGAAAAAGAAGAAAGGGAAGGCGGGCGGAGGACAAGAUCCACCCGCAACCGGAACACGGGCGACUCCAGGGGAAAAAGGAGGAGCUUCCUCCUCCAAAUCCCAAGGGAGUCAGCGAGGCCCGGCCGGAGGACAAACGAAAUCCUCCGCUGCUACAAGAGGGGAGAGACCUCUACCCGUUAAAACGGGAAAAAGCCUCGCUCUCACACAAUCCACUCCUCCGCCUCCCCCGUCAACGGGAGAAAAGGAGGAGUGGACAAAGGUGGUCGGGCGAAAAACCCGCAAGGCCACCAAGGCGGGAGACAAUCGUGCCGCUGCGGUACCAGCCCCUCCGCCUAAGACAGCGGCGUCCGGGACUUCUCCCCCGCCUGGUGGGGGAAAGAAGAAAGGACGAAGAAGAGUCCCUCGAACGGCCGCGAUGGUCCUGUCGUGUCCACCCGGCGCGCUCAAGGAGACGUUGAGACUGGCAAUGGACAAGAUAGACCUUGCCAGUCUCAACAUUGACGGCUUGGAAGCCAGAAAGGCCGUCACGGGUGCCUAA